AUGGCGAACUCAAGGGCUGAACAUGGCUUAUCUGAGAAGUCUGAAGAGGAAACUCCUGCUACUGUUCCUCAGCCCAUUGCUGAUGCAUAUUUUAACGGGAACGAAAAUAUCAUUCAGGACCUGUUGCAUGAUCAAGUGCGAUAUCAUGCCUUUCCGGCAUUUUGCUGCAGAGAACCAAUGAGGCAGGCCGUAUGGAUGCGUAGGACACUGAUAAAUUGGCUGAGAGAAGUAUGUGAGCACCGAAAUACUGAACCAGAGGUCCUGGCGCACACUGUUCAGUUGAUCGAUCGUUACGUGUCACUGGUGGAGACUGACAAACGCGAUUAUCAACUAGUCGGAGCAGCCUGUUUUUUUAUUUCCAGCAAACUGAAGGAAACGAUUCCAGUUUCUGUAGACCAGAUUGUGCGGUACACCGACUUUUCGAUAACAAAACAGGAAUUGUUUGCAAAAGAGCUAUUGAUUGUGUUGACGUUACGAUUUGAUCUGACAAUGAUCACACCAAUCGACUUUAUUCAGCCCCUGGCAUGUUUCAUUCCCUGUGGACCUGAGUUGCAGCAGCUUAUUCGAGGAUCGACUAACAAAAUUUUUAUGAAGAUCCUUCAUGCGUGUAUUAUAUACGCGAUGCAUCUUACUGUGGAGCCCGAGCAACACGAGCUUCCCCGGCGGCCGACGAAAUUCAGGGGUAUUCCUUGUCAUGACUAUGUUAGGGUGACCGGUAAUCGCAACAUGAAAACUGCGGAGUGA